AUGGAGAGGACAGCUAGUGACAAGGCGUUAUAUUUGAAGAAAAUCAGUGAUCGAAUGUUGAUUGUGUUUCGUACAGUUGGAAUGUGGCCCGAUACUGAAUCAAGCAUAUUUUACAGUAUUUACGGUAUUCUGUUGCUCGCAAUAUUUUCAAUUGCGUUCACUUCCACGAUGAUGAUUCAACUCAUUUGCUUCACCAAAAAAGAAGAGCUAACUGAAACAUCUUAUAUGGCAUUAACAGAAUUGGCGUUAAGUGUAAAAAUCAUCAAUUUCUUCUUGCGAGUUCGAUCCAUGCAAUCCCAUUUAAUUACUGGAAAUCAAUUUAAGCUUUAUUCGGCCGCAGAGCAUGAACAUUUUGUGAAACGUCUGAAAUUUGUCUUCAAAUUGCUUAUGGCCGAUUUUUUGUUGACAAACAUAGCGCAUUUAUCCGUUCAAAUUAAAACUAUAAUGGCAUCGGAAAGAAUGCUUGCAUUUCCAGCGUGGCAUCCCAUUGAAUGGGAAAAUGAUGCACAGAAUUAUUGGUUGAUUUUCGCAUACCAAGUUAUAGGAAUGACCAUCACAAGUAACAUUCAAGUUGUGAUUCAACAAUACCCAAGUUUAAUGUUCUUUUUGGUAAGCAUACAAAUGGAAAUUCUGUCGAUGCGUCUUAGAAAUAACGGAUAUGAUGAAAGCCGAACAAGUGACAGCACAAAAUUAACCAAAGAAGACAAAACCAUCAAGAUAUUCUCCAACGAAGAGGAAAGACGCAUUUCAAACACCAUGAAAGAUUGCGUGAACGUUCAUUAUAAAAUUCUUAAAUUUGCGAAACAGCUUGAACGUGAUUUCACAAUUCCAUUUUUUGUACAAAUUUGUAUAAGUGGUAUUGUUAUUUGUAGCUUGGCAAAUGAAGCGGCUCGGACAAAUGAUCCUGUGAAACAAAUCAGUUUCGGAACCAUUCUUCUUACAAUGUCAUUUCAAAUUUAUUUUCCAUGCUAUUUUGGAAAUGAAGUCAUGGCCACAUCAAAUAAUUUAUCAACAGAAAUGUACAAAUCCAAUUGGAUUCACUUCAAUGCAAAACAAAAACAAAUGGUGUCUAUGUUUAUUGAAGGCACAAAGAAAAACAAGUACAUAUUGAUUGGCAAUUUAUUUGUUCUCAGCUUACAAACAUUUAGCUCGAUUUUAAACGUGGCUUACCGUUUACUUGCUGUAAUUAAAAAUACAGCAUAA